AUGACGAUGAACGGAACUCCAUUUCAAAAAGACAGCACCACCACAUCUGUCGAAACUGUCGACACUAUCGAAUUCCACGGAAGCUUUUCAGAAGCGAUGGAUGAUUCCAGUGUGGUCUCUGCCAUCACCUUCUUGGAAGAAGAAGAAGAAGAAGACGAAGAAGAAGUUUGCACCUCCGAUCGAAGGCAGCACCAUUCUUGUUCGCUCGAAGAACGAGGAUGGUCAUCCGAUCCAACACUCGUUGCAACGCCGGAUUCUCCUCACCGAUACGAUCGGUUCUCCAGUCGUUCCGACCAUGGAGAUAAGAUGCCAUGUCGCAUGCCUCAACGCAAGCUAUCCACCAGGUUUCUCAGCUCUUCCCCAAGAAACCUGAGAAAGGUUGCUGCACACCAUGGUAGUGCCUCUACUAGUAGUAGUACCUGCAGCAAGAGUGAGGGCGAUGGCAGCAGUUCUUCUUCUUAUGACAGCUGCGACAGUUUUGACAGUUUUGCCGCCUGCAGUGAAUCAGCAUCAUUAGACCUUGUUGACAUCUUUGGAGACCGAUAUGGAGAUCGAUACAAUGUCUCACGAGUAUUGGUGGUCGGUCGUCGAGGAUGA